AUGGAUUCUAAUAACAUUUUCGAUGAGGACAUUGACUUGAACGAGGAAGACGAAGAAGAAGAAGAGGAGGUCGAAGAGCAAGAAGAGGCUUCUGUGGCCGAUGAUCAAGAUGAUGACGACGAGGAUGACGAGGAGCGCGGCGACGAAGAAGACGACGACGACGAAGAGGAAGAAGAUGCUGAAGAUGGAGAAGCAGACGGCGACGGAGACGGUGAAAUGGACGUUGACCAGCCAGAACCCACACAGAAACCCGAACAAGACUCGGAGAAACAGAAAUCUUCUGUGAGUAUGCGACAAUCGUUACUCGAACGCGCUAAGAACGUCUCUGUGGUGGAGGUCCUUCCGAUUGUGGCCAUCCCACAUGCGACUCCAGUCUACUCAAUUGCUCUUACCAAAGGUCCUCGAUGGCUUUUCACCGGAGGAGAAGACGGGUUUAUUAGAAAAUACGAUCUUUUUGCAUCCGUGGAAGGUAAAAUGCCAUUGACAUCUGCGCAGAAACACCAGUUAGUGGAUUCCAUUUCGUACGGAGGAAUGUUGUGCUCUUACUGGGAAAACGAACAACCUUAUUAUAGAGAAGCUCUAAUGGCCGAGUUGGCCGAGGAGCAGCAAAAGGCAUCGAAAUCAAAGGCCAAAAAAGCGGCCAACGGACCGAUCACUACAUUUGAACCACGCACGUCUCCAGUGUACUCCAUGGCUGCAGACUCCGAAUCAAGAUUUUUGCUUAGUGGCCUUGGCUCAGGAGGCAUCACAUUGCAAACUGUUCGAGCCAGCGAAGGAUCAAUCCAGUACUAUUUCAAAGAUGGAAAGACUGACCAUUCGCAUAGCGACAGUGUUUCGUGUUUAAAGCUCAACAACGAAGAAAGAAGAUUUUUGAGCGGAUCGUGGGACAUGAAGAUCAUCGAAUGGGACUUGGACACGGGGAAGACCACAAACCUGUUUGACAAGUCCACCGGCCAGAUCUCAAGCAUAGAAUAUCGUCCUGUUGGAGGAAUUGAUUUGCCAGUCCAGGCGGAUGAUGAUUUGGAUUCUCUUUUUGGAGACGAGGAAGAAGAGGCAAGAAAACAGCAGACAGAGGAACAGAACCCAUUCAAGGAAGACAUCAAAAAGGUCCAAGAUGACGCUAAAAGUUCAGGAACCGCUAGCUCGUUGCAACGGUCAGAUCACGUGUUCCUGUCUUCCUCUGUUAACGGAACUAUCAAAAUUUGGGACUCUAGACUCCCAACUGCUUCCAACAAUGUUGUUUCCAUCCCAGUGAACGCCGGUACUACUCCUUGGUGCACGUCCGCGGAUUGGUCGAACGACGGAAACUCGAUCUAUGUUGGACGUCGUAAUGCUGUUGUGGAAGAGUAUGAUAUUCGUCGACCAAAUGAAGCUAAACAACAGUUAAAGUUCCCAAUCGCUUCGGGACCAAUCAGUGUUGUUAGACAGCUUCCUAAUCCAAAUUACCUGCUUUGCGGAUGUCAAGACAAUAUCAGAUUAUACGACCUAAGACUUUCGGCAAACGCACAAACUACAGAGGACUCGCCAAAGAAGAGAAGAAAAGUCCCAUUCAUGAUUAUUCCUGGUCAUAACGGCGGUAUAUUAAGCGAUCUUUAUGUGGACCCAACUUGUCGAUUCAUGGUCAGCUCAAGUGGAAAUAGAGGAUGGCAGGGAAAAGCCAACGACUAUGUGUUCAUAUAUGAGAUUUUGGGGACGUGA